AUGACAGGGGAUACACAGGGCGACAUGGAAAUCGACACAAACGUCCCUUUAACGGAACCCGCCAAGCGCAAAGCCCCAGAGCAAAAGCCAAAGACAAUUCAUUUUACGUCGCGCAAUCCACCCUGGACAUACCUCAAGCUGAAGCUUGUACUACAGCCAGGAAGUGUCCCACAACCCCUCGAUCCCCUCUCCGCACGAACCUACCUCUCCUCCGCAUUAUCGCAAUUCCUCGGCCUGACAGGAACAGCGAUUCCGAUUGACAUUUUGAAAAUCGAGAAUGCUUCCCCAAGCACGAAGCACAAUAUUGUGUGGAUUCGCGUUCCUCGCGAGGACGCCUCGGCCGUCGUGAGCGCAGUGAGCUCAUGGAUUGGUGGCGGAACGGCAGGCUCUGCAGAUGUUGCAUGGAGGGUUUGCGCCAAAGGAAAUUUCCUAGGCGCUCUGAUUGCUGGCUCUGGGGCCGACCUGUUCGUCCCCUAG